AUGAUGACCCGUUAUGAUCUGCUUUACGACAAUCCUCGCUGUAGUCUCAGUCCGACAGCUGGGUGCGACGAAAUGAAGUCGGGAGUCGAGCGUCUCUUCCUCUUCCUCUGCGUCCUCUCGAUGACUGUGUUUGACAGCGUGCAUCUCACUAGGACUGAAGAUGUUCUAGAUAAGAUCAAGACCGGACUAAAGUACGCGAGCAAUUAUUUAGAAACGGCUAAAGACAUCGCCGAUCUGGUGUCCAAGAGUUUAGGUCAAGAUAAGCAGAAUCUGAAGCAGAAACGAGGAGAGGAUGGGGACGAUGAGGUGAAACAGCCAUUCGGUCCAACAAAUCUCGUUUCCGCGUUCUUCCGACUGAUCGGACUCGACUCACCGAAAAUCGCGGCGAUCGCAGUCAACAGUAUCAUAUUUCUCGCACAAAUGAUAAGUUCGUUGGUUGGAGUAAAACAGUCACAGGGUAACAUCGCCAGAAACAUGAACGACGCAGCGCCAACCUGGGAUCCUGUGAAAUUCAUCUUGGAAAACAAGAACGACAAGGUUCAAGCCUUAGUGGAACAAGCGAGAGACGCGAAUCUACCGAAUCAUCUGAUAGCACGAACAAGCGGCUCCGAUUCCGCCUGUAUCAGACUGUUGCUGUGCAAGUCGUCACCAGUGAUAAGAGCGGCGCAGACCUCCCUCGGUAAUAAAUCGCAAUAUGGUGCACGUCAACUGACCGCCUGGCUACCGUCCAGAGAGGAAUUUGAAGCAAACAGCGAUGAAUGUGAGGACCAACAUACCGAUUGCAAUCUGUUUUCGUCGCGAUAAAACUAGGGUUUACUCAGGGUUGGGAAAGUUUGUAAAAGUAUUUAGUUACAGUUACAGUU